AUGAACUCGAGUACAAUAAGAGUGACAGAAAUACCAGUCAGUUUUGCUAAAUACUAUAUCGUCAUUCCCGUGACAGUGGGUUGUGCAGUCAUCGCUAUAACUGUUGCAUGUUUUAUAUUAAUUUUAAUUAUAUCAAAAAAGAAUUUGCAUACAAUUACACAUAUGCUCAUUUGCAAUACAUGUGUAUCGUCGAUUCUCUUCUGUAUUAUUCAAUGUAAUAAUUAUGUUCAUCUUGGAUUUAUCUUAUGGAAUACAAGUAAUUUAUCGUGUCAAUGGCGUGCUUAUCUCGCUUAUAUGUCAAUUGCAUCUGUUGUCUAUUCGUAUUUAGUUCAAGCGAUAUCACGAUAUUUCUUCUCAAUACUUUCCCGAAAAUAUUGCUGGUUACUCACGUUCAAAACGCACAUCAUCUUGAUUGUUACUCAUUGGUUAAUAGUGAUCAUCAUACCAAUAUCAGUAUUCAUUCGAAAAGACGUUGUUUUUCGCCCAUUUUCACUCUGCUGGAUACCAAGAAGAUCGUUGUAUCAUUCGGCGUACAUUUAUUUAGCAUGCUACAUUUUGCCCAUCGCAUUCAUCAUUGCCCUUUAUAUUUACAUAUAUGCUCGAAUCAAACGUCGUAAAACGAUAUUGUCCGCUAUCAUAAUGGUCGUCCGACAAAAUCGUGACGUUGAAGUUCUUCGUAAUAUGAUGAUUCUACUUGGUAUUUACAUAGCAGGCGGUGCUCCAACUGUGUUCUAUUUUGUCAGUGAAAUUAAACUAUUUUAUACCAUGGGAGUGAUAUCUAUCUCGUUAGCAGUAGUCAUAGAAAAGGUUAUGACCAUUUUUAUUGAUCGUGAAAUUCGACUUAUUAUUAAGCAAUGUCUUCCUUGUCGAAAGACACACGUCGUGCCCAUGUAG